UUGACUUCCGUAUUUAAAGCUAACGUCAGAGCCCUAGACGCUGUAACACCAGUGUUGGCGAUUCAAUAACUACUGAAAGGAUUAUUAAGACGUUAUAUUUUAUUAAUGACAACACAAAGGCUUACACGGAAAGGACGGAAUAAGUGUCGUAACUCGUCCAGACGUUAACUUUAUUCAGCAGCUAUGAGCAGCGGCUCAGCUGCUGACCAGCUUGAGGAGGUGAGGAGGAGGGGCCAGUCCAUCCUCUCCUCCUCAGGUUCAGCCCAGGAUGUGAAGACUGAGGUCCAGAUUAUGGCCAGCAUCCCCCUGCCUCUGUCAGAGAAGUACUGUCACGUGGGCGCCGACGCCAUGCUGAGGGAGAACAUUGUGGGCCGCAAUAGGCUGGAGGUUCUGGAGUCCUUGAGUAGACUGGUCAAGGCCUUGAGUGUCCUUGAGAAGUACGGCUGUAACCUGACGAAUCCUGCUAGGCCCAAAUACUGGAGGAACGUCAAACACAACAACCCCACCUUCAAAAGGACGGUGGAUGCAAUCAAGGGCGGCCGAAAAGUUUUGUAUCUGUACGGCUACACCAAUCAGCAGAUAGACGGCCUCAGUUUCCCGGAGGAAGUCGCUGAACCGGACACUGAUAAGGUUGCUGCACUGACACUUGAGGUCAUGAGCUUACGGGCUGAGGUGGACAUGCUCAUACAGGGCACCCAUCCUCAGCCCAAGUACAUCCAAGAUAUCUUCCCAUUAAUCAUCCAGCAGGAUACGGUGGUGAGUGACUCGGUGCCCUUUCUGCCUGGAGAGGAGAAGCAGCAGGGAAUCAACCAGCAGCUUCUGUCUCCUUCACCCACUCAGAGCACCGGAGGACAACGACCUCUGACCCCAACAACAGGCACAUUCUCUCCUGCAGUCGGUGUGUGUCAUUUGUGCGGUGGACCUUCGUCUCUGGUUUGCCCGUCUUGUAACAAGCAGCCUUUCUGCGCCGCAUGCGAUGACUUUUUCCACCGCCACCCUGCGAGAACCAAUCACAAGAGAGACAAAAUACAGAAAACCAAAGAAGAUACCUGCGGCAUCUGUGGGAUUACUUCUGCGCACGUUCAGUGCUUCACCUGUCCACAGAGGUUGUGUCUGCACUGUGACAAGCUCUUCCACUCUCACCACGACCGCCAAGGACACAACAGAAACGUCAUCACACCGGCCAAAACAUCCAGUCCGUCUCUGUCACCUUGGGAGUGCGCUCACUGCACCACAGUUAACGAGAUGCAGGCCGUCCUCUGCGCGACCUGUGAACGACCCCGACUCGCCACGGCUGCCUCCAAUGUUCAGGAAAGCCUGUCGUCAAUCCCAACAUCUCUCAACACAGAGUGGCAGUGCAAGAGCUGCACUGUUGUGAAUCAAGGCAGCAGCAUCCUCUGUGAGGUGUGUGAGCGCCCUCGUCUGGCCACCCGCCCGCCGGUCGCACCGGUUCUGUCCAGUCCAGGAUCUCUGUCUGACUCUGGAACAAAGUGGAUGUGCCAGUUCUGCACCUUUGAAAACACAAAGCCCGCUCUGGUGUGUGUGAUGUGCAACCAGGCCUGUAAAGACUCCACUGGAGUUUCUUUGCCCCAGUCCCCCCAACAGACCCCGACAUCCGCAGCUAAAGAUCAACCCCAGCCGAGGAUCAAACCCCAACCGAAACCCAGAGUCAACCUGGAGCUGAAGAGACAGAAGAUGAUGAGGGACGACGGCCUCAGGCUCGUCAACCAGAUCAGAGAAGCAGAAAAGCGCGGCGUCAGUCCUGAGGAGGUGUACGCGGCCAUCUGCAUGUGCGGUGGCAGCAACACAAACCCCUGUGAUUGGCUGACGUCAGAGCUGCCUCACCUGCUGGAUGAAAUCUGCGCCAUGGCGGCUUCCGUCCAGCUGAACUACAAAGCAGAGGAUUCUGGGAUGCUGCUUGAGUUGCAGAGAGACGAAGAGGCGACUGGUCUGACCGUCACAGGUGGAGGGGUGAAGCUGUCCCGGGCGGAGGCCAAGCUGGCGUGGUUAGCUGCAGGAGGAGACACAGAGAGAGCCGUGAGACAGCUGCUGAGAGACAGACAGGUCAAGAUGAAGGAGUUGCACUCUCUGGGCUUCAGGGACGUGUCACAGUGUGAGGAGGCGCUGCGUCAGAGUGGAGGAGAGGUGAAGGGCGCUCUGUCUCUGCUGCAGCGCCCCCUCCUGGAGCACUUCCACCAGCGGAUCUGGGCAGACCAGCCUGAGCCUCCGAUUGAUCCCAAACACCCUGACAAACAGAGGAUGUGCAGACGUCUGCUGGCGCUGUACGAUCUGCCCAGCUGGGGGCGCUGCGAGCUCGUCCUCGCUCUGCUUCAGGAGUCAGAGGUCACGUGCUCUCUGGAGGACGUGGUGCAAGCUGUGAAAGAGUCCCCCCCCGACAAAGAUUUCAUCAGACGUCUCCUCAACAACGAGUGUCCUUGCUGCUUCUGCAUCUUCCCUCGAAGCAAGAUGCAGUCCCUGACCUCCUGUCAGUGCUCAGUGUGUCACGACUGCUUCAGGCAGCACUUCACCAUCGCUGUGAGAGACAAACACAUCCGAGAAAUGGUGUGUCCCGUCUGCAGCGGGCCGGACAUCAACGACCCCGAACAGAUGGACAGCUACUUCUCCACAUUGGACAUCCAGCUGCGGGGCUGCUUGGAGCCAGUUGUGUACGACCUGUUUCAUAAAAAGCUGACGGAGCAGGCUCUGAUGAAAGACCCAAAGUUCCUCUGGUGUUAUCACUGCGUCAGCGGCUUCAUUAAUGAAGAAGACCAGCUGAAGGUCACCUGUCUGUCCUGCAAGAAGAGUUUCUGCGCUCAGUGUAAGAAGCCUUGGGAGGCUCAGCAUCAGGAUCUGUCCUGUGAGCAGUUCCAGCAGUGGAAGCGUGAGAACGAUCCCGAGUAUCAGCGGCAGGGCCUGGCCGGGUUCCUGAGAGACAACGGCAUCACCUGUCCUGGCUGCAGGUUCCAGUACGCUCUGACCAAAGGCGGAUGCAUGCACUUCACCUGCUCCCAGUGCAGGUACCAGUUCUGCAGUGGCUGCAACAAUCCCUACCACAAGACUGUUUGUCGGACGCCCCAGUGCAAUUUCUCCGGCCUGCAUGCUCAUCACCCCAGAGACUGUCUCUUCUACCUCAGAGACUGGGAGCCGCCCAGGCUGCAGGAACUUCUGCAGAAGAGCGGCGUGGAGUUCAACACAGACCCUUCAGAUGGAGCUCAAAGUGUCACAUGCUGUGUGAUGGAGCAGAAAGAUGACGACGGUCUGCAGACUGACUCCCCGUGUGGAACCCAAACUCAGCCGGGACAGGCCGGACUCUGCGAGAAGCACUACAGGGAGUACUUGGUGAGUCUGAUAAACGCUCACUCUCUGGACCCGGCUCUGCUCUACGACCUCCAGGAGCUGACCCGGGCCUGCGACAGACACCAGGUGGACCAUCAGAGAGGAGAGAACGAGGACGAAAACGUCUACCACGCUCGACUGCUCAAGAAACUGAUGGAGGUUCCUCUUGGAGAAAAAGUUCCCCGGAACCAAUCAAGAAUUCUGCCUGAAGAACAAUCAUCGGACGUCGAAUUUUUUUAUAGAGACAUGGCAGGAGGGAAAAUGCGCUCCACUCGCAGACUGCGCUCCUGGAUCGUCGAGCAGGUCAGCAGUGGAAAAUACCCAGGGCUGGUGUGGGAUGACGACGCCAAAACCAUGUUUCGUAUCCCUUGGAAACACGCCGGGAAACAGGACUUCCGUAAAGACGAGGAUGCCGCCAUCUUUAAGGCGUGGGCGGAGUUUAAAGGUAAGCUGACCGAAGGGGGGAAAGACAACCCGGCGUUCUGGAAGACCCGCCUCCGCUGCGCCCUCAACAAGAGUCCAGAGUUUGAGGAGGUCGGGGAGCGAGCUCAGCUGGACAUCUCAGAGCCGUACAAGGUUUACCGCCUGGUCCCCCUCAGCGAGCAGGGUGUGGCGGUUCCUGAAAAUAAAUGCAAAGUUAAAGUUAAAGCCAGCAAGAGGCCGAAGAGGAGGAGGAGGAGGAGGAGCAGCAGCAGCAGCAGCAGCAACAGUGAAUCUGACAGCGACGACGGCGGACAGAUCAAGCAGAUAAAGACGGAAGAGGUCACCUCGCAGCUGUGUGUUGACGAGUCUCUGCUGCACGGAGACAUCUGCAUCCUGACAGACGAACCCGCCCAGCACACGACCAUAACCAUACAGAGAGACGUGGAUGAUGAGAUCACGUUAGACGUGAGGAUCGAGGAGAGCGUCUCCGCUCCAACAGGAGUCCAGGACUCCUUCAGAGUGCAGGUUUAUUAUUUAGGACAGGAGGUGCUCAAACAUCAGAUCCAGGGCUCUGAUGCCAGGAUUAUGUACCUGCCCUCCUCUCCUGCCCCCCCGACGUCGGCCGUCAUGAAAAGCAGGUUUCCACGCAUCCCUCUGCCGGAGCCUCCUCACUCACUGCAGGCCUGCCCGGAGCUGCAGGCCGUGUUCACCCUGCUACCCUUUAUGGAGAAAGGGGUGCUGCUGACCUCCACGCCGCAGGGGGUGUACGGGAAACGCUUCUGUCAGGGGCGGGUCUUCUGGACGGGGCCGCACACGACCAUGACGGGGCUGCACAAGAUGGAAAGAAACAUGGCGCCGGUUAUGCUCUUCAGUAAAGACAUGUUCAAGCAGCAACUGGACGACUUUCGUGUAAACAACGGCGAGCCUCCUCAGUGCGGUGUCACUCUUUGUUUUGGAGAAGAGCUGAACAACACUGAAGACCCGUCCACAAAACUCAUCAUUGUUCAGAUCUCGUUCCCGUGGGCCGAGCAGCAGGUCCAGAACGCUCAGUCCAUCUUUGACUCCAUCAGCAUCCUCCAGUCUCUGGCCCAUCAGUCUCCUCUGGGUGAAGUAACUCUGAACCUCGUCCCCAUGCCCUCGCCGACACCCUAGACCAUCGCCUGCGGGUCUGUCUGAGCACUUUGUCCACCGGGAGAGGGUUUUUUGUUUUUUUUUUCAAAUAAGAGACUUUUCCACACCACUUUGAAAGCCAAAUGUACAAAAACAGUUUGUAAAGGGCUGACAGUGGAUAAAUCAAACAUCGUCUAAAAGCAGGAAAUAUGAACAAAGAGUGCUGAAAUCAGAGCGGCAGAUAUUACUGACGUCGAGUUAAAGCCUCUAAUUAACUCAUUCAUGUUCACAUGGCUCAGUCCUAACAAUUAGUUUAUAAUGUAACCAAACAGCAAACCGAAAUAGUUGCCAAACACACUUCUUGGGUUUGACUUUAGCAAUUUUUAAAUGAUGCAUCGUUCUGAAAACACUAAAAUUUAAAUCGACACUGAAUGUCGUCUCUAGAGCUGCCAACAUUUGUCAGUUGAUCAUUUCAGCAAAUGUUUUGAUACUUGAUUCUGUAAUUUCUUACAAAUGCACUAAAACUUUUCAAUACCACGAUACAAUCUCCGUUAUUAAUUUAAUGAGCCACGGCACAAAGUACCAAAGAUGUAACAAAAAACUACACAUCUGUCGUAUAUUUGAGCGAGAGAGAUGUAAAUUGUGCAAUUUAGAGACCGUGCAGGAGUCUGCCUCCUUUUAUCUGGGUGGUUAAAUACAGGAAAUUACCCGUUAUUUUAGGUCAUAGGAUUUGUGUUUUUGUUGCUGUGGUACUGAAACAGGUAUCUCUGUCGAUUGAUUUCUACUAAAAAUCAUGCAAGUUUAAAAGUCUGGUGUUGUGCCAACCCUAUCGCCACCACCUCUCCAGUUCAAGCUUCUCAAAUGAGAUGAUCUGUUCUUUCUUUUUCCUCAGUCGAGAAAAACAAGGGAAAGAAUGAACUUUUUUAUUCUGUGGUUCUCUGAUUGGAUUUAGAAAAUAAUCGUUAGAAGCAGCUCAGGUUUCUGGAUGUUCUGAAAUCAUGGCUGCAUGUCCGCUUUCUAUUAGAGCCAGUGCUUCCGAACCUGUGGGUCGAGACCCCCAAUAAAAGGUCACAAGUUUUCUUUAGUACGUACUUGUUAUAAAAUCCCCUCUUCACCUCUGUGACUUACUGGAUCAUUUUAGAGGUUUUAUUCCUUCUAAAGUGAAUAUUACUGAAACAAUGAGGAAUGGUUGAGCUGGUUUCAAUCCUUACAUCUGUGAUCAGAAACGAGUCACAUCAGUUUGUCUUAAAAGAAAAGAAGAGUAAAAGGUUGAGAACCACAGCUUCUUGCACUGAUGACUAACGUGUUUCUGAUUUACUCUGGUACAUGUUGUCCUGUUGAAUAAUCAAUAUCGACAUAAGGAUCCUAAAACUAAAUAGAUCUUAGAGUAGCUGUAGUUAGCAGUUAUUUUUCACAUUCUUCAUGUCAAACCUGUUAAUCUACUCAUAUCCAACUCUAAAGUAGUCAGAGAUUUUAGUGUUGUCUUUGUUAAACUCGUACAAUAUGCAUUUAAAAAUGUGUGAACAGUCAUGUUUAGAUUAUAUGCAACAGUAGUUUAUCCACUUAGUCAUUCUUCUGCAUCUUAGGAUUCGUCUUGUGAACCUAAUAUCAAUUUAUAAAUGUUUUACUUUCAAACUAGUCAUGUUAGAUGUGUAAGUAGCGAACAGAAGUACAAACAUCUCAUUUCAAUACUGAAGUCCUGCAGUUAAAACGCUCUGUUGAUGCUUUAAAUAAUUGUUUCUGUUGAGGCUGUCAGAGGAGUGUACACAAUUUGAUGUUCAGCAAAAACCUGUAUUGGGUUUUUGUUCCUUUCGUCUUUUAAAAUUUUCUCAUUAAAUCACUUUUUUGUUCUCCAAACAUUGAACAACCUGUUUUAACACACGGCUGAAGUCCUUACUGCAGAAGUCGUGGAAUAGAAUCUGACAUCGGCACUUUGCUGCAUGUCGUUAACUUGUAAAAGCAGGUUUUACUUUCCGAUGCUCACAGGAGGAGCUCUGGUUGAUAACAAAAACAAUAAUGAACACUUUCCUCUGCAUAGAAAACAUUUUAUCGUUAAUGCGUUGUUUAGAAAUGUUUUACCAAUUUAAAAAAAUACUGAAGUGUUUUUAGUUUUUUUUUAAGAUCUCCGACAAAACAAACACUUUGAGCUACAACAAACAUUUCUACUGCAGGACUGUUGUAUUAUUUUUUUGUUGUUAUUUUCUCCAACUCCAUGAAGCUUGUUCUGUACGUAUUUAUAACAAUAAUACAACAAAAAGGAAAAAAACAGACCAGAGAUACAAGAGGUGGGUUGUAAUAGUGUUAAAGUGUGUUUAAGGUGGAUUAUCAUGUAAAUCAACAGUGUUGGGCUGAGCCACAAUGCACGCUGUGGGGGAGGGGAGGGGGAAGACAGACAUUUAUUAAACUGUAAAUAUUUUGUUAUUUAUGCAUAUCUUAUGUCCAUGUUCAGUCAACACAAUGCAUUAAAGUGAACAUAUUCCUAAA